ACCGAGCAACCUUCGACGGAAACCGCACGCGUACCGGGGUCAUAUAUAUUAUAGAAUAAUUUUAAUUUAAUUUAGUUUUUAUAAGCUCGUUCAACAUGAGAAGUUUAAUCAUCUUCGCUGCGUGCGCUUUUGUUUCAGCGCAAGACUUCGACUGCCCUACCAAGGUCGGAUUCUACGCAGACCCAUACCAGUGUGACCUUUAUUACAAAUGCAGCAAAGGUGAAGCGGAACCAAAACUUUGUCCAGAUGGCCUAGUGUUUGCAGAUGAAAACCCCAACAAAGAGCUGUGUGACAUCCCAUCAAAUGUAGAAUGUGGAGACAGAAAAGAAUUACAGGAACCAAAACCCUCUCCAGGCUGCCCACGUCAAAAUGGAUACUUCAAGCACCCAGAUCCUCAGGCUUGCGACAAAUUCAACUUCUGCUCGGAUGGUGUACCCAACGAACACCCUUGCCCUCCCGGUCUGUACUUCAACGAAGAGACUUCCAACUGUGACUGGAAGGAAUCUGUGCGGCGUACGUGCGAUCAGAUCACUAAAGAUGUAUUAGAUGAUGGUUUCACUUGCCCCGAUGGUGAUGUGAUGGGACCCAACGGCCGUGCUCUACCACACCCCACAUUCCCCCACCCCGAAGACUGCCAGAAGUUCUACAUCUGCCGCAACGGAGUGCAGCCACAGAAGGGCAGCUGUCCUUCAGGAAAGGUUUACAAUGAAGACACGUUCAUGUGCGACGAACCAGAGAAGGUGCAAGGAUGUGAAAACUACUACGAAGGGCAACCUACAGAAAAGAACAAACUACCGAAGAAGGCGUAGAACUUAGUUAGUAAGAUAUAAUUUAUAGUGUUAAGGUUUAAAUAAAUAGUGUCAUAGACUU